CAGCACGUGGCCUGGCAGCAGCUGUACAUGGAAAAGUAGCUUCUGUCCCCAACCAGCUAUCAGCAUUUUAGUAUUUUUUGUUUCUUCUCCAGUCCUUGUUUACUCCUCUUUUAGCAAAUGUAACACCAGAAUCAAGUCCCUUCCUGGGAUGAAAACCUGCAAGUUCAUCAGCCAAGAUGGAGCUUCUGUUUUGGCCUGAUUUGGUGUCUCUCUUGAAAAAACUGAAUGGUCGGAUGCUCUUGGUGGUUCUGGUCAUAUCUCUUUUGAUUAUUGACCUUGUGAAAAAGAGAAGACCCAGGAAUUUCCCUCCAGGGCCACAGCUCUUUCCUCUCGUGGGAACCUUUGUGGACUUUAAGCAGCCCCUCCAUCUUGCACUGCAGAAGCUCACAGGUCGGUAUGGGAACAUCUUCAGCGUGCAGUUUGGAAGUCUGACAUUUGUGGUGGUCAAUGGGUACCAGAUGGUGAGAGAAGCUCUCGUCCACCAGGCUGAAAUAUUUGCUGAUCGGCCAAAUAUUCCACUUCUUCAGGAAAUAUUUAAAGGCUUUGGGCUCAUAUCAUCCAACGGGCACAUAUGGAGGCAGCAGAGAAAGUUUGCUUUAGCAACACUGAAAAGCCUUGCUGUAAAUUUUGAGGAAAAAGUGCAAGAGGAGAGUCGGUACCUCGUGGAGACGAUAGAGGAGGAGAAAGGACAACCCUUUGACCCACAUUACAAAAUUAACAGUGCUGUUUCGAACAUCAUCUGCUCCAUAACUUUUGGGAACCGCUUUGACUACCAUGACAACCGUUUCCAGGAACUGCUGCACUCCCUGGCUGAAACGCUGCUGCUCAUCGGAAGUUUCUGGGGCCAGCUUUAUAAUGCUUUUCCUUUGAUCAUGAGAUGGUUGCCAGGACCCUUCAGGAAAAUCUUCAGGCACUGGGAGAAACUUCAAUAUUUUGUGAAAGGUGUGAUUGCAAAGCACAAGGAGGAUUUGGACCAGUCCGAGGCAGGAGAUUAUAUUGACUGUUACCUGAAGGAAAUAGAAAAGUUUAAGGGUGACACCACCUCCUAUUUCCACGAGGAAAACCUGCUGUGCUCCACCUUGGACCUGUUCUUAACUGGGACUGAGACAACGGCGACUGCCAUCCGCUGGGCUCUGCUCUACAUGGCCGCGUACCCCCACAUUCAGGAGAAAGUGCAGCAGGAGAUUGACGCCGUGGUCGGGCAGUGCCGGCAGCCCUCGAUGGCCGACAAGGAGAAGAUGCCAUACACCAGCGCCGUGCUGAGCGAGGUGCUGCGCGUGGGCAACGUGGUGCCCCUGGGAGUGCCCCGCAUGGCCACCAGCGACACCACCCUGGCUGGCUUCCACCUGCCCAAGGGCACCACCCUAAUGACCAGCCUGACCUCAAUAAUGUUCGACAAAAACGUCUGGGAGACUCCGGACACCUUUAAUCCCGGACAUUUCCUGGAAAACGGCCAGUACAGGAGGCGGGAGGCUUUUCUGCCCUUCUCUGCAGGCAAGAGGGCUUGUCCCGGGGAGCAGCUCGCCAGGACCGAGCUCUUCAUUUUCUUCGUAGCCCUGCUGCAGAAGUUCACCUUCCAGGCCCCGGCGGCGGCCGCGCUGUCCUUCGCCUUCACGCUGAGCCUGACGCGCUGCCCCAAACCCUUCCGGCUGCGCGCCGUGCCCCGCGGCUGAGCGGGCCUGGGCUGCCGGGGCCCGGGGCAGCCUCACGAAGGGAAAUGCCCUUCUGAGCACCCCGACACCUCACAGACUGGGAAAUGUCCUUCUGAGCAUCCCGACACCUCACAAACUGGGAAAUGUCCUUCUCCUGAGCACCCCGACACCUCACAAACUGAGAAAUGUCCUUCUGAGCAUCCCGACACCUCACAGACUGGGAAAUGUCCUUCUGAGCACCCCGACACCUCACAGACUGGGAAAUGUCCUUCUGAGCAUCCCGACACCUCACAGACUGGGAAAUGCUCUUCUCCUGAGCACCCCGACACCUCACAAACUGGGAAAUGUCCUUCUCCUGAGCACCCUGACACCUCACAAACUGGGAAAUGCUCUUCUCCUGAGCACCCCAACACCCUCACAAACUGGGAAAUGUCCUUCUCCUGACCACAAUGAGCCCACUGCACCCUCAUGAACUGGGAAAUGCCCUUCUCACCACACUGACCCCUACUGCAGCCUCACAAACUGGGAAAUUCCUUCUCCUGAGCACACCAACACCUCAAAAAUUGGGAAAUGCCCUUCUCCUGAGCACACUAACACCUCACAAACUGGGAAAUGCCCUUCUCCUGAGCGCAGCACAGAUUUUAGGCUGAAAUGAGGGCCCUGCAGGUUCAACACCCGCCAGUAUCUGGGUGGCCCGGGAAGGGCACAAGGGCCACAUCCUGAAACAAACACAACCCUUGUGAUUCUUCCCUUCACUUCAUUCCUGUUCCCCGCUAUCAAUCUGACAAAAUGCAUGGAUUUAAAAGCCUUAUUGCCUAAUUUCCACUGUCAGCAAUUCCCAGGAAGGUGUUUGCUUGCUGUAAAAGCACAGUUUGAUGUUGGCUUUCCCUAUCACUCAGCAGCCCCUAACGCUGCAGCACCCAAACAGCCAAGGGAUUCUGAGGUGUCCCUGCUCAGAGGGAGCAGCUGGCCUUGGACACAAGCUCUGGAUCACGACUCUGCAUCAAUUUGGAGUUUCAGGUGGCCACAGCCAGUCCUGAGCCUCAGGUGUGCUUGGGCUCAGGUUGGGGACACUCCCUGCAGCACCACAUUGCUACUGUGUGAUGGAAAUCACAGAAUCAAGGAAUAGUUUGGCUUGAAAGGGACCUUAAAGGUAAACUCCUCUGCCAUGGGGAGGGACACCUUUCACGGAAUAUGGUUUCUCCAAGCCCCAUCCUUCCUGGCCUUGGACACUUCCAGGGAUAAAAAGGAUCUAAGCAGAGAUCUCUGCAGUAGCAGCAAGUAUGUUUUGAAUCUCAAAGAAUAUAUGGAAAUUUUAAUUAGGAGGCUACAGGGAAGCAGAAGCAGCUUCUACCAAAGCUCAACCCUAGUGGGAUGGCACAGGGAACUGUGCUUCCAGCAGGUCUGGAAGGGCUAUAAAAAUAUGAUACAGGAAUCUCAUAUUAGAAAAGCAAAAGGAUUGUGCUAGUAACAUACAAA